UAACAGUUUUUAGAGUUGUAAAAUUACAGUAUCGUAGCAGCUUUUCAAUAUGUGGGCGAUACUAUAUACUAUACUAGUCUUCGAUAUUCAUACUUGUCGUGUACGAAAUGGGCUAGCUUUUUAAAUUAAUAUGAAUGGAAUUCUUGCGUUGUGAUUACCAGUUCAUUAUUUAAUUGGAGAGGGGUGAUGGAUAAAUAUAGUUAUCCCAGAAUACGUUUGGAUAAUUCCCCACCAUUUCACAACUUUCUCACAACUUUAUCAUUUCUUCACCUUCGUGAGCGUGAUCAGGUAUGUCAUAUGAGCGUAAGACGGGAACACCUACUUCAGGAACUUUGUCCGUUCUAUCACAUUAAUCAUAUAAUUAUGUUAAUUAAUAUUUGCGAUGUUAAGAAAUGUGGUAUUUCAUUAUACCACUUCAACAUAUCUGAAAGUAGAAAGAGCGUGUAAUGAUAUUGAUAUUUCUGUAUUAUUUCUGUGUAAAGAGUUUCAGGUUUUAAUUGCCUACUAGUAGGCCAAUUAUAUUUAAUGUCGGUGUUAACUUCUAUUUGAUAUCAAAUAUUUUCCUUUGUAUUCUUUAACACAUAACCUUUAUAAUAUCUCAUUUGGUUUUGCGUGGGAUUUUAUUACUUGUAAAUGUUUAAUUGUUUUAAGGGAAAUGCAAUAUGACUUUUAGUUUCGUCUGAAAACGUUCAUAAUUUUUUCCCGAACCUAUAUUUAAUUACAAAUUAAGAACAUCAUAGCCACAAUUUUUAAGGAAAACAAAUCUGAGCGCCUUUGCACAGCUCAAAAUGAGGAUGACCGUCUGCAGCAAAGGAUAGCAAUUUUGUUAUGCUUCCUUGAGCUUGUGUUAGCAUUAUAUUCAAGAGCGUUAUAUUAUCAUCUUACGAAGGUGUACCUUUCCUUUAUCAGAGGUGAUAUAUUGACGUCAUGGCAAAAGGCUCAAUCUUGUACCCAUUGCUCGUCGCUUGCUUCCUCGUGAGCUCGUCUUUUCAAUCUUUACAUCGACACGAUGGAGAUUCGGCGAUGACAUCAUUAAUACUGGACAUGGACAAAUCUUUCCAUGGAUGCGAUCAGAACCUUGAACUGAAAAAAGCUUCUUGCAGCGAUAAAGACCUGGACACGGUUCCCCAGAAUCUUUCUGAGGAUACCGAGGUGCUUUACCUGUCUGUGAACAAGAUACCCAAACUCUUCAACUCCUCGUUUGAAGUAUACCCUCUAAUCUAACACCUUGGACAUUUCUUUUAACCAUGUAAGAGCGAUAGAAUCCGCCGCUUUUUACCCCCUCAAAGGCUUAAUGUACCUGUCUUUAUCCGGUAACCAGCGUCUUGUGCUUCCAGCAACAGGUGUCUUUAGGAUGUCUUCACAGCUUUCCACUCUCGAUUUAACGUAUACAAACUUGAAGUCGCUCCCAAAUGACACUCUACACUGGAUUCCACAUCUACAUACUGCAGAUCUGUCCCACAGCAUGCUCUCCUUCAUCAAUUUAAGUUCUUGUGACAUGGCCGACACUGUAGACAUGACUGAAAAUCGACUAAAACACCUUACGGCGAGAGACUUCAUCUUUGUGUGCCAAACUGAUACUCUAGAUCUUAAAGAUAACCCUAUCCAAUCAGUAGACCCUGAUGUGAUUGCAUCAUUACAUGUUCGCUCUUUGAUACUUGGUUACUACCGUUUGAGUUACGAGGUGUUGGCGAAUAUCAUCCUCGGAAUCUCAAAAUCAGACAUAGAACAGCUUACAAUCGUAGAAGGUUCUAUUAGUGCAUUUCCUAAAGGUUUCUUUGAUCCCCUUCGCGAUUCUUCUCUCUCUGUUCUGAACUUCAAAGGCAACAAUCUGACUAGCCUUCAUCCUUUAGUCUUCUCAAAUUUGACAAAACUCAGAGAACUUAAUUUCAGUGAUAACAAACUCCCCAUAGUCGAAAUUCACCCAGAGUAUUUCGACGGCAUGAAUCUAUUAAAGGUACUGAUAAUCAACAACAACCAAAUAAGACUAUUAAAUCCUUACGAUCACACUUGGACAGUGGACUUAUCGGAGUUUUACUUAUCUGGCAAUCUGCUUACAGAAAUAUCUGCAUCUGUAUUUCGCGGUUUAAGAAAUUUAACUUUCUUAGACAUGAGCUCGAACAAACACCUUUCUGUCUUUCAGUUGACGGCUUUUUCGGGACUUGACAAUAUUCAAACCAUUGAUCUGACCGGAAGUAGUAUAGCUCAUCUCGAACUGAACACGCCUUUAUUAACAUCACUUUUCCUUAACUCUCUUGAUUCAUGGUUUCUUAUUUUGCGACCAGGAAAAUCGUUUCAAUAUUUACAAUCCCUUGUUAAUUUAAGCAUGAUAGAAUCUUUCCUUGACUGGGAGGACAUAUGGAAUCCAACUUCAAACGCGUCUCUUUUCGAUGGAUUAUUGGAUCUCAAUCAUUUGGAUUUGAGUAGUAAUCGUUGGAUAGGUAACAUUUGGGAAAUAUAUUCAGGCCUACCGCCAGGGAUAUUCCAGCAACUCUCUGCUUUACAAGAGCUAAAUCUUGACUACUGCCACAUUGAAACUCUACAUCCUCUUGUCUUCUCGGGGUUGGAAUCGCUUCAGAAGUUGAGUUUGAAAGGAAACUACAUCCAGCAUAUUCAUGAGGAUGUAUUGUCAGGGUUGGGUCAAAUAACAAGUAUCAAUUUAAGAGGAAACCGUAUUGCGUACUUGGAGGAAGUAAUGUUCUUAAAUAACUGUAAGCUCACACAACUUUCCUUGGCCAACAACAAAUUAACGCACCUUAAUCAAAGGACUUUCAAGCCGAUCUUUUCCUCCAUGUUAUCACUUGAUCUAUCAAUGAACCUAAUUGUUUGUAACUGUGAUCUAAAGUGGCUUAUUGAUUGGUUAAAUGAACCAAUACGCUUGAAACACAAGGACAAAACUAUCUGUUCGUCAGCAUCUCUGGAGCCUCUUCGUGAGAAACCCCUGCUUCAUUUUGAUCCGAAUGAACUCUGUACAAUAAACUAUGGUCUAUUCCUUCUGAUUCCCCUUGCCUCCAUUGGCUUGGUUGUAAUCAGUGUGAUGUUGUAUCACUACCGAUGGCAGUUGAGGAACAAACUCUUUCUCUUAAAACUAGCGGUACUAGGCUUUAAAGAGAUGCGAGACGCUCGCGACCACAAUGAUUACGAGUUUGACGUGAACAUCAUUUUCUACGACGAUGACCAAGAUGACGAGGAAUGGAUUCGCGAAAAGCUCCGACCGGCUCUCGAAGAACGGCUUCCACAGUUUCAUAGGAACGUCUUUGGUGACCAAGACCUUGUGUUGGGUAUGCAUUACUUAGAUUCCGUCGAUUACGUGGUGAGCCAUAGUUACAAGACCAUCAUAGUACUUAGCAGAGCUGCUGUGCACGACCACUGGUUCAUACUCAAGUUCCGUACGGCCAUGGACCACGUGAGUGACACUCUGACUGAAUUCGUAGUCGUGGUCUUCCUCGAAGACAUCCCUGAUAAUGAAAUGCCAUUCUUGGCGAGGUUGUACCUCAGUGAUGGCAGACCCUAUAUCCACUGGACUGAGAACGUGAGAGGACAAGAAUAUUUCUGGGAUGCAUUAACCAAAAAUCUAACCAUUAAUUUAAAAACGAAUGACUUGAUCCCAAACGAGUAGCAGCAUGAUGCAGGAAUAUAGAGAUACGUGUGAUGGUAAUCGGUAAUAAAAGUGGUAGAAGUAGUAGUAGUAGUAGUAGUAU